GUGUGUUUGGUUUUGCUCACUCUCGUAAUUGGCUUCCUAAAACCCUAAAACAACAAACCAUCCGCCAUAGUCCACAUACAACACACUAUCACCCCAACCUAACUUACAUCUCUAAAUCCAUAUCGAUAAAGCAAAGAUCUUAGAACAUUGCACUGACGUUUGUAAGCUGGAUCAUCUUCAAAAUUAUAUUGGAUUGAAAAGGAUCAGUUAUUUGAUUGUCGAGUUCAAUGGAGCCGUGGGUUUCACUUGCAUCUUCAAUCCCGACUUCAUCUACAAAGAAGCGGAUUCGGAUCUUUCGCAACGAGAUUCCUUCUAUCUUACUUAAUUCAGAGAUGUCAUCAGAUUCAACAUCACAACUGGUGGAUUUAAUAUUCACGACAUUGUAUAUUUAUGAUGACCGAGGGUCAAGGAAAGCCGUGGAUGAUUUAAUCAUAAAAUCGUUAAGUGAGGUUGUAUUUAUGAAAACAUUUGCAGCAGCUCUUGUGCAAGUCAUGGAUAAACAGUUGAAGGUUCAGUCUCAUGUUGGCUGCUCUAGACUUAUGAGCUGGUCAUGCAUCCUUCUUUGUAAAACUCAGUUUAUCUCCGCAUCAAAGAAUGCAUUUAGCAGAGUUUCAGCAGCACAGGCUUCACUUCUUCAAAUUAGCAUACAAGGGUCUUCUCAUGAACGCAAGGCUUGCAGAAAAGCUUUUAUUCAUUCCUUUUUAGAGUCGCCUGAUAUUUUCAGUUUGUACAUGGAGGAACUAAAAGGUGGAAGAAUCUCAUAUAAAAAUUGUCCAGAGAUGCUAUGUGUAAUGUUGGAUUUUUCAACUUCAAAACCAUCACUGUUUGAUCAAUGGAAGCCAGUGUAUCUUGAUAUGUAUGUGCAAUCAGUUCUGAACGCAAAGGAUAAGCCUUCAAAAGCCCUAAGUGAAGCAUUCCGUUCGUUAUUUUUCCGUUUCUCACACGAAGAUUUUAAGAAUGUCAUUGUUCCUUCAUCUGUGAAGAUGCUAAAAAGGAACCCUGAGCUUGUUUUGGAAUCCAUUGGGGUUCUUUUGAGGCAUGUUAACCUGGAUUUGAGUAAGUAUGCUGUUGAGAUUCUAUCAGUGGUAUUAUCACAAGCUCGCCAUGCUGAUGAAGGAAGAAGAGUUGCUGCAUUGGAUAUUGUCAGAUGUUUAAGUCAAAAGUCAAGUAAUCCGGAUGCUGCCGAGUCAAUGUUUGGUUCUGUGAAAUCUAUAAUUGGAGGGUCUGAAGGAAGACUUGCUUUUCCAUACCAGAGAGUUGGCAUGAUAAAUGCAAUUCAAGAAUUGUCUACAUGUCCUGAAGGGAAAUAUCUUAGUAGUUUGUCUCAAUCUGUAUGUGGUCUUCUUUUGACCACUUACAAGGAUGAUGGAAAUGAGGAGGUAAAGCUUGCAUGUUUGACUGCCUUAGCUUCUUGGGUUGCAAGAUCUACAGAUGCUAUUAGGCCAGAAGUUGUUUCAUUUAUUGCAUCAGGUCUCAAGGAGAAGGAAUCACUAAGAAGAGGUUAUCUUCGAUGCCUACGGGUCAUAUGUAAAAAUGCUGAUGCAGUUUUGCCUAUAUCUUCUUUGCUCGUGCCUCUUAUACAGCUGGUAAAAACUGGUUUUACCAAAGCAGCACAACGGUUGGAUGGUAUUUAUGCAUUACUCAUUGUGAUGAAAGUUGCAGCUUCUGAUAUAAAAGCAGAUGAAACUGUGUCAAAGGAAAAGGUCUUGUCUUUGAUUUCACAGAAUGAACCUUCAGUUGUCCCUGUAGCUAUGGUUUCGAAACUAUCGGUGGAGGACUGUGAAACAUCUAUUGAGUUACUUGAGACACUCUUUAUGGAUCAUGCUCACAGAGUUUUUGAGACUCUUAAUGUGAGAUCACUCAUGCAGCUUUUACUUAUGUUUCUGUGUCACUCAAGUUGGGAUGUACGAAGAGCAGCUUAUGGUUGUACCAAAAAGAUUCUAUCUGCUGCUCCAAAACUAUUUGAGACACUUCUAGUUGAAUAUUCAGAGCACCUCACAGUUGUUGGGGAAAAAGUAUUAGCAAAGUUAAGUGAAACAGAAAAUUCAUUGGAUGCUCAAGUCGGUUUUGUUCCAUCUGUGGAGGUUUUGGUGAAGGCUUUAAUGGUAGUAUCAUCCGGUGUUAUGGCUGCUGCACCAAGUUCAUGCAUACGCCUUAUUUUCUGCUCACAUCACCCAUGCCUAGUUGGCACAGCAAAAAAAGAUGCAGUUUGGAAGAGAUUGCAGAAGUGUUUGCGAGCUUAUGGUUUUGAUGUCAUCGAACAGAUAAUGGCUGAUGUCAGUCACUUGUGUCAGGGUUUGCUUGGACCAAUGGGGUUGAUGAGUACUAGUCAUUUGGAACAAGAAGCUGCUGUACUUGCUUUGUCAACUUUGAUGACCAUCGCUCCUGCAGAAGUUUAUGCAGAAUUUGAAAAGCACUUGAAAACUUUCCCUGAUCGGGGUGCACAUGAUUUGCUAUCAGAAAAUGAUAUUCAGAUUUUCCGUACCCCUGAAGGGAUGCUAUCCACUGAGCAAGGCGUUUAUAUUGCAGAGUCUGUAGCUUCUAAUAACUUGAAACAAGCAAAAGGCCGCUUCAAGACUUAUGAGAACAAUGACAACAUGGAAAAUGGCAACUCCAAUUCUUCUGGAAGGCGAGACACCGGUGGCAAAGAACGUUCUGGUGUGGGGAAGAAGGAUGCAGGGAAACCAACAAAAAAGCCUGAUAAACAGAAGACAUCAAAAGAGGAGGCACGUGAGGUGCAGCUUAAUGAGGAAGCUAAUGUCCGUGAGAAGGUCAUGAAUAUACAGAAGAAUCUUUCCUUGUUACUGAAAGCUUUAGGAGCAAUGGCUAUAGCUAAUCCUGUUUUCACACACAGUGAAUUACUCUCACUGGUCAAGUUUGUGAAUCCAUUACUGCAAUCCCCCAUAGUUAAUGAGGUGGCUUAUGAAACAAUGGUGAAGCUAGCAAAAUGUCUUGCUCCUCCACUUUCUAAUUGGGGGUUAGACAUUGCUACUGUCUUAAGGCUAAUUGCCACAACUGAACCUCAUGUUUCAUGGGAUCAACUUUCAUCACUUGGUGAGGGUGGUCACAGUGACAAGUCAUUGAGUCUGUUUGAGAGAGUAAUGCAUGGAUUAUCUGUAUCAUGCAAAUAUGGCCCCCUUCCAGUCGAUUCUUUUAGUUUCGUUUUUCCUAUAAUGGAGAGAAUACUGUCAUCUCCUAAGAAGACUAAGCUUCAUGGUGAUGUACUUCGGAUACUUUUCCUACAUAUGGACCCAAUUUUACCCCUCCCCAGACUUAAAAUGCUUUCAGUUAAGUUUCUAAUUAUCUACACAUUAUUACUUAUUUUCUUUUUUAUUUCUAUUUUGCUUAACAUAUGGGUACUCUGUGCUACUUGGCAGGUUCUAUAUCACGUGCUUGGGGCAAUACCCUCCUAUCAAGGGUCUGUUGGACCAGCAUUAAAUGAGUUGUGUCUUGGUUUGCAAUCUGAAGAAGUAGCACCUGCUUUAUCUGGUGUUUAUGCGAAAGACCUUCAUGUUAGACUAGCUUGUUUGAAUGCUGCAAAAUGCAUUCCAGCUAUAUCCAGCCGUUCUGUUCCUCAAGAUGUAGAAAUUGCAACCAGCAUUUGGAUCGCCUUACAUGAUCCCGAAAAGUCGGUGGCUGAAGUGGCUGAGGAUUUAUGGGAUCGUUAUGACCAUGAAUUUGGGACCGAUUAUUCUGGACUCUUUAGAGCUCUUUCGCACGUGAAUUAUAAUGUUCGUGUGGCUGCUUCUGAUGCAUUAGCUGCUGUAUUAGAUGAGUACCCAGAUACUUUACAGGAAUCUCUUGCGACUUUGUUCUCUCUUUAUAUCCGUGAUAGUGGUGUUGGUGAGGAUAUGAUUGAUUCUGGUUGGUUAGGGAGACAAGGGAUUGCAUUGGCUUUACAUGCUGCAGCUGAUGUACUUAGAACCAAAGACCUUCCGGUUGUUAUGACUUUCUUGAUAUCUCGAGCCUUGGCUGAUACCAAUGCUGAUGUUCGAGGAAGGAUGAUUAAUGCUGGUAUCAUGAUCAUUGACAAACAUGGAAAAGAUAACGUCUCACUUUUGUUUCCUAUAUUUGAAAAUUACUUAAACAAAAAGGCCUCGGAUGAAGAGAAAUAUGAUUUGGUACGUGAGGGCGUGGUGAUCUUUACUGGAGCAUUAGCAAAACAUUUGUCUAAGGAUGACCCUAAGGUCCAUGCUGUUGUAGAGAAGUUGCUGGAGGUGAUUAACACUCCAUCAGAAGCUGUACAGAGGGCAGUCUCAAGCUGCCUGUCUCCAUUAAUGAAAUCGAAGCAAGAAGAUGCAAUGGCACUUGUUACUAGGCUGUUAGAUCAGCUUAUGAAGAGUGAGAAAUAUGGAGAACGCCGUGGAGCAGCUUUUGGGCUUGCUGGAGUUAUCAAAGGAUUUGGAAUAUCUAGUUUGAAAAAAUAUGGAGUUGCUACUGUUCUUCGUGAAGGACUUGCAAAUAGGAAUUCUGCCAAAUGUCGUGAAGGAUCUUUACUAGCAUUUGAGUGUCUUUGUGAAAAGCUUGGGAAAUUGUUCGAACCGUAUGUGAUCUACUUGUUACCAUUGCUUUUAGUUUCGUUCUCUGAUCAAGUUGUUGCUGUUCGGGAAGCUGCUGAAUGUGCUGCUCGUGCUAUGAUGUCUCAACUUACUGCUCAGGGGAUGAAGCUUCUCCUUCCUUCACUUCUCAAGGGUCUUGAAGAUAAAGCUUGGAGGACAAAACAGAGUAGUGUUCAACUUCUUGGAUCCAUGGCAUACUGUGCUCCACAGCAACUUUCUCAAUGUCUACCUAGGAUUGUCCCAAAGUUGACUGAGGUGCUAACUGAUACGCAUCCAAAAGUUCAGUCUGCAGGGCAGACAGCACUCCAGCAGGUUGGUAGUGUGAUCAAGAAUCCUGAAAUCGCCUCCCUUGUGCCAACUCUUUUGUUGGGUCUUACAGACCCUAAUGACCAUACAAAAUAUUCCCUGGAUAUUCUUCUUCAGACAACUUUUAUAAACUCGAUUGAUGCUCCUUCACUAGCCCUUUUGGUGCCCAUUGUGCAUCGUGGUUUGAGGGAGAGGAGUGCCGAAACAAAAAAGAAGGCUGCACAAAUUGCUGGAAAUAUGUGUUCACUAGUCACUGACCCAAAGGAUAUGCUUCCUUAUAUAGGAUUGCUUCUUCCUGAAAUUAAGAAGGUAUUGGUGGAUCCAAUUCCUGAAGUUCGAUCUGUAGCAGCCAGAGCUGUUGGGUCUCUGAUAAGAGGAAUGGGAGAAGAGAACUUCCCGGAUCUUGUUCCAUGGUUGCUAGACACACUCAAAUCUGACGGUAGUAAUGUUGAAAGAUCUGGUGCUGCUCAAGGGUUGAGUGAGGUAGUGGCUGCUCUUGGAACUGAGUAUUUUGAACACCUUCUUCCUGACAUCAUACGCAACUGCUCACAUCAAAGGGCACCUGUACGUGAUGGUUAUUUGACACUUUUCAAGUAUCUGCCAAGAUCAUUGGGUGUGCAGUUCCAAAACUACUUACAGCAAGUGCUACCAGCCAUCUUAGAUGGUCUUGCGGAUGAAAACGAAUCUGUUCGUGAGGCUGCACUUGGAGCUGGACACAUACUGGUGGAGCAUUAUGCUACAACGUCACUGCCUUUGCUUCUGCCAGCUGUAGAAGACGGGAUAUUUAACGAUAACUGGCGAAUCCGUCAAAGCUCUGUGGAACUUUUGGGUGAUCUUUUAUUUAAGGUUGCUGGGACUUCUGGAAAAGCACUUCUUGAAGGUGGCAGUGAUGAUGAAGGUGCCAGUACUGAAGCACAAGGUCGUGCAAUCAUUGAGGUUCUUGGCAGAGAGAAGCGUAAUGAAGUGCUUGCUGCACUCUAUAUGGUUCGAACAGAUGUCAGCCUCUCAGUUCGCCAGGCUGCCUUACAUGUGUGGAAGACUAUAGUUGUAAAUACUCCUAAGACUCUGAAGGAGAUAAUGCCAGUCUUGAUGAAUACCCUUAUCAGUUCCCUUGCUUCAUCAUCCUCCGAAAGGCGACAGGUUGCUGGAAGAGCAUUGGGUGAGCUUGUGCGAAAGCUCGGGGAGAGAGUGCUUCCUUUGGUUAUUCCUAUAUUAUCUAAAGGCUUGAAGGACCCUGAUUCUAGCAGACGACAAGGUGUCUGCAUUGGACUGAGUGAAGUGAUGGCUAGUGCUGGUAGAAGCCAGUUGUUAAGUUUCAUGGAUGAUCUUAUUCCCACCAUUCGUACAGCUCUUUGUGAUAGUGAGGUUGAGGUUCGUGAAUCUGCAGGGCUUGCUUUUAGUACUCUGUACAAGAGUGCGGGAAUGCAAGCAAUUGAUGAAAUUGUCCCAACACUCCUCCGUGCUUUGGAAGAUGAUGACAUGGCAGAUACUGCCCUUGAUGGCCUUAAACAAAUUUUGAGUGUCCGAACAGCAGCUGUGUUGCCUCAUAUAUUGCCAAAGCUUGUUCAUCUCCCUCUCUCUGCUUUCAAUGCACAUGCUAUAGGAGCAGUUGCGGAGGUUGCAGGUGCUGGUCUAAAUGUUCAUCUUUCAACAGUUCUUCCUGCUUUGCUCUCUGCCAUGGGGGAUGAUGAUCAUGCGGAGGUCCAAAAUCUUGCAAAGAAGGCUGCAGAAACUGUGGUGUUGGUAAUUGAUGAUGAAGGGACUGAGUAUUUGAUAUCAGAACUUCUCAAGGGGGUUGGAGAUAACCAGGCUUCAACUAGGCGCAGUUCUGCAUAUCUACUUGGAUACUUUUUCAAAAACAGUAAAUUGUAUCUGGUGGAUGAAGCUCCAAAUAUGAUAUCCACCUUGAUCAUUUUACUAAGUGACACAGACUCUGCCACUGUAUCGGCUGCCUGGGAAGCACUUUCUAGAGUUGUUGGUUCAGUCCCGAAAGAAGUUCUCCCAUCAUAUAUAAAAUUAGUUCGUGAUGCUGUAUCCACAUCUAGAGACAAGGAACGUAGAAAGAAGAAGGGUGGACCAAUUGUUAUACCUGGGUUAUGUCUCCCAAAGGCUCUUCAACCAUUGCUUCCCAUAUACCUUCAAGGCCUAAUAAGCGGGUCUGCAGAAUUGAGAGAACAGGCUGCUCAAGGUCUUGGAGAAUUAAUCGAAGUAACAAGUGAAAAAGCACUUAAGGAGUUUGUUAUCCCUAUUACAGGGCCUCUGAUCCGAAUUAUAGGCGAUCGAUUCCCAUGGCAAGUGAAAAGUGCUAUUUUGUCAACUUUGACCAUCAUAAUAGCAAAAGGUGGGAUGGCUCUUAAACCUUUUCUCCCUCAGCUACAAACCACCUUUGUCAAAUGCCUGCAGGACAACACAAGGACUGUUCGUUCAAGUGCUGCUCUCGCACUUGGUAAGCUUAGUGCACUAAGCACAAGAGUUGAUCCCCUAGUUGGGGAUCUUCUGUCCAACCUACAGACAUCAGAAGGUGGGGUCCGCGAGGCAAUACUGGUCGCCCUAAAAGGCGUUGUCAAGCAUGCUGGAAAGAGUGUUAGUGGUCCUGUUAAGACACGUGUUUUCGAUCUCUUACAGGAGUUGAUCUACAACGAUGAUGACCAAAUACGAAGCUCUUCAGCAAGAAUUCUAGGCAUCAUAUCAGAGUAUUUGGAAGACGAUCAAAUUUCUGAAUUACUAGACGAACUCCCGGAAAAUGCUUCAUCGCCUACCUGGACCACUAGGCAUGGGUCACUUCUUACAAUCUCAUCCAUGCUAAGACACAUUCCUACUGUAAUAUCAGCAUCUCCAUCAUUCACAGUAGUUACAGACUGCCUCAAAAAUAGCUUGAACGAUGAAAAGUUUCCUGUUCGUGAAACAUCAACUAAAGCAUUAGGAAGGCUUCUACUUCAUCAAAUUCAGAAGGAUCCAUCCAAUUCAAAUGCACACAAGGCCACUCUUGUUUCCAUUGCUUCUGCCAUGCAGGAUGAUUCCAGUGAAGUCAGAAGGAGGGCAUUGUUUGCACUUAAAGCAGUUGCAAAAGCAAACCCUAGCAUGAUAACAAUCCAUGUUACUAUAUACGGUCCUGUGCUUGCUGAAUGUUUAAAAGAUGGAAGCACACCUGUGAGACUCGCAGCUGAAAGAUGUGCCUUGCAUGCCCUUCAGUUAACAAAAGGGACUGAAAAUGUUCAAGCGGCUCAAAAGUAUAUUACUGGCUUAGAUGCAAGACGGAUAUCAAAGCUUUCUGAAUACAGUGAUGAUAGCGAUGACAGUGAGGAUGAAUCAGCAAGUGGUUGAUAUUUGAUAAUGUGUGUAGAUUCUAAGGUUUUGGUGUUGAUUUAUAGGGUAAAAGUUUUCCAAAGGCUCAAUGAGAGGUUCUAAUCUACAUUUUUGUAUCCAUAGGAUAAACUACAUGCAUUUAUUUAUUAUAGAAUAUAAAGAGAUCAAGUACCCAUUUUUUUCAAAUGGGCUCGCAUCGCAGCUGCUACUUGUGAGUUGUGUAUUUUUGACAAGUUUUUAUUUAUAUGAAUGUCGUGGUGAUUAAUGGAAA